AUGACUUGCAGCAUUUGUCAUGGUAAAAACCAUAUUAAAAGAGGCUGUCCUUUGAAGGUAUGAUCUUUUAAAGUAAACUCUGCUUUUUAUACUCUUUGUAGUAAUGGUUUUGAUUUGACACUACUGUUUUUGGUAGGAUUCUGGUAGAACAAGCUAUGGUAAUGGACCAGAUAUUGCUGCAGCAUCUCAGCCAAGCUUUGCUGAAUCAAGUGUUGCACCUGCAGGAGCUAGGGGAAGGCCAAGAAAAACAACUCCAACUUCUGAAGCACCAGCAAAAGCCAGGGGAAGGCCAAGGAAAAAUCCAUUAACUUCUGAUGCACCAGCAAGAGCAAGUGCAAGGCCAAUGAGUACUUCUGAAGCACCACUAACAGCAAGUGCAAGGCCAGGGAGUACUUCUGAAGCACCACCAACAGCAAGUGCAAGGCCCAGAAGUACUUCUCAAGCACCAACAAGAGGUAUGGGAACAAGGAGGACAACCAUUACUGCUAAAUGGUUUGAAAAUGCAACAAGUUAUGCUGCACCUGUUGCAGCCAAUGCACCUGUCCAAUCUAUUGCUUCUCAGUCUAAUGUGAGUAGGGGAAGAUCAAGAAAAACCUCUCAAGCUUCUAGUGCUGCACCUGUUGCAGCCAAUGCACCUGAUCAACCUGCUGCUUCUCAGUCUAAUGUGAGUAGGGGAAGACCAAGAAAAACCUCUCAAGCUUCUAGUGUUGCACCUGUUGCAGCCAAUGCACCUGAUCAACCUGCUGCUUCUCAGUCUAAUGUGAGGAGGGGAAGACCAAGAAAAACCUCUCAAGCUUCUAGUGUAACAACUGUUGAUAAUGAAAGAAGAAGAACUACCCCUUACAAAAGGCCUAGGACUGUUGGAAUGGGUAUAUUUGUCGCAGAAAAUAGAUUUACAACAUACAAUCAUGGCUUGCCAAGUAGUAGGAUAAUUGAUGCUGCUCCAAGAAAGCAUAUAAGGUCAGCUGUGUUACUGGGGACCUUGGUCACAAAGCAAGGACUGGAGUGAGGUGGAAGGGCAAAGCAGCAAUGACAUCAAGCCAGCUUGAAGAGAUGAGGGUAAAGAAAAGGAAAAAAGUGACAGCAACCCAGAACUCGCAGACAAAUGAUCCAUGGAAGUAGUGUUAAUAUGUUGGUAGUUGGCAGAACAAGUUAAUGUAGUUGGCAGUUUUUGCAGUUCAUAAACAAACUAAAGUAACUGUGGUUUAGAUGCUUGUUUUGUGACAUUAUGCUACUGCACUUGAAUGUUGCAUCAUCAUGAAUGUGAUGCACUACUUUUGUACAAACUUAUAUUGGUGCAA